UCCAGCAGCGUCACUGUACGCAGUGUACGCGCGAGUCGCGACGAAAAUCUAUAUUAAAAUGGAGGAGAAGAGUCAGGCCGCGGAGCGAGAAACCAAGAAGGAUGAGGCCCACGAGAAGGAUGCACGGAACAAGAGCUCCAAGAAGAGAGAAGCUCGGAAAAAAAAGAAAGAGGCGGCACACGCAGCUAGUGAAAAUCAUAACAACAAUAAAGAAGAACAGGAGAUGCCUAGCGCGUGCAAUAUCUCUAUAAAAGAUAUCCAGAUGGCAAUGGAGGUCUUUAAUAUGCAACAGAAACCUGCCAAAACUCAGGAGGAAGCGAUGCAAAAGCCUUAUCAAUUUUGGAGUACGCAGCCUGUACCAAAAAUGGAUGAGAAAAUUGUACGUAACGAGCCAAUCGAACCCGAUAAGACAUCUAUUAGGGCGGAGCCGUAUUCGCUACCUGCAGAUUUUCAGUGGGAUACUUUGAACUUAGAUGAUCCUCUGGUCUUAUCGGAACUGUACACAUUACUCUCAGAGAACUACGUCGAAGACGAUGACGCAAUGUUCAGAUUUGAUUAUCCUCCUAACUUUUUGAAAUGGGCGCUGCAACCUCCUGGCUGGUGCAAAGAAUGGCAUUGUGGGGUGCGAGUAAGCAAGAGCGGACGUCUAGUCGGUUUUAUUUCUGCUAUUCCAGCUACUCUACGUGUCUACAGUCACUCUCAAAAGAUGGUGGAAAUCAAUUUUCUGUGCGUGCAUAAGAAGCUAAGAUCAAAGAGAGUAGCACCUGUAUUGAUACGCGAAAUUACGAGGAGAGUAAAUCUGAAGGGUAUCUUUCAAGCUGUGUACACUGCCGGAGUCGUUUUACCAAAACCUAUCGCGACAUGCAGGUACUGGCAUCGAUCAUUAAAUCCAAAGAAAUUAAUUGACAUCAAGUUCUCUCAUCUUACUCGCAACAUGACGAUGCAGAGGACUUUAAAGCUAUAUAAACUGCCAGAGACAACAAAAGUACCAGGUUUCAGAAAGCUGGUUUACACGGAUAUACCACAAGCGCAUAAGAUAUUGACGGAAUAUCUAGAGAAGUUUGAUCUCGCUCCGGUAUUCUCAGUCGAAGAGUUUGAACAUUGGUUUCUGCCGCAAACUGGCAUUAUUAAUAGCUUCGUUGUGGAGAAGGAAGGGAAAAUCACCGAUAUGGUGAGUUAUUAUACAUUGCCGAGCUCCAUUAUGCAUCAUCAGACACACAAAACCCUCAAGGCCGCGUAUAGUUUCUACAAUGUAUCCACCACAACUCCGUGGCUCGAACUAAUGAUGGAUGCCUUAAUAUCAGCGCGUGACUUGGGUUUUGAUGUGUUUAAUGCCUUGGAUCUCAUGGACAACAAGGAGUUUUUAGAGCCCCUCAAAUUCGGGAUUGGCGAUGGCAAUCUUCAAUAUUAUCUAUACAAUUGGCGUUGUCCCAGUAUGACACCCGGCAAAAUCGGUCUUGUGCUUCAGUAGACUUCUAGCUCAGAGAAUCGCUGUAUAAAAAAAAGAAAGAAGAUCUUUUGCAUGUAUGAUCUCGCAAGAGAUUGAGAAAUAGCGAUUAAGUAUGAGCAAACAGGGGACAUAUAGCAACGCAAUAAAGUCAGCGUUGUUAGAUGGAGAUAAGGGCAACCGUAAUCUUUCUUACCAAUAGGACUACGUAAACAUAUUUAUAGCGGUCGAAAGGAUUCUGAGUUUUCUUGAAGGAUCGGCAACCGAUCCUACGAGAUGGAUAAUUCAGAAUGGAUAAUCCCUCGAAAAUCGCUCUUGUUUUUGUCAUUGGCGCCUCUGAAGAUUCUAGAUUGGAUUAUACACGAUCGGGAUAAAUUGUGCAUUGUACAGCGCACGUGUAUAUACGUAUCUGCGUAACUCGAACAAAUGUAGAUAAGCAUUAUGCAUAAUUAAUAGCAAUUAUACGGGAAGCCAUUCCGUAAUCAUCUGAGGAUUUUCGAUUUUCAAUCAUGUAAGCCUUUAGACGCCAGAUAACUCUUUAUCCGUUUUUCCUUUACACCUUUUCGGCUAAUUAGACGACAACGUAUGCCGGAGUGUGAGUGACAGACAAGUUAAAAAUAAAAUGACAUUUAUUGAAAAUGAU